AUGCUUAGAGCUUUUAAAAGUGCAGUUCCACGCACGCAGUUUUUGAAAUCGCCAACGUUGAGCAAUGCCCGCGCUCUUAGGCUAAUUCCAGCAGCAAAGACGGCAACCGUUUUGUUGGAGAGCAAGCGGGGCUUUGCCACCGACACCUUUUUGCAGGGCAACAACUCCAAUUAUGUCGACGAGAUGUACCAGGCCUGGAGGGAGGACCCCGCCAGCGUGCACGCCUCGUGGAACGCCUAUUUCAAGAACAUUGAAAACGACAGUGUCGAGCCAUCCAAGGCGUUCCAAGCGCCCCCAACAUUGGUUCCAACCGUCUCGGGAGGAGCAGCCGGGUUUGUGCCCGGCUCGUCCGUUGGGAACCAGGACGUUGUCACCCAUUUGAAGGUGCAAUUGUUGGUGAGAGCGUAUCAGGUUCGAGGACACCAAAAGGCCAAGAUUGACCCCUUGGGCAUUUCGUUUGGCGAUAGCUCGGCCACGCCCAAAGAAUUGACCUUGGACUUUUACGGGUUCACGGAAAAGGACUUGGAUAAGGAAAUCACCUUGGGGCCCGGUAUCUUGCCCAGAUUUGCCCAGGGCGACAAGAAGACCAUGACCUUGAGGGAGAUCAUCAAGACGUGCGAAGACUUGUACUGCUCUUCAUAUGGUGUUGAAUACGUCCACAUUCCAUCCAAGGAGCAAUGCGACUGGUUGAGAGAGAGAAUAGAGAUCCCCCAGCCUUUUAAAUACUCUACUGACCAAAAGAGACAAAUCUUGGACCGUUUGAUCUGGGCCACCUCGUUUGAAUCAUUCUUGUCGACGAAAUUUGCCAAUGACAAGAGAUUUGGUUUGGAAGGUUGUGAAGCCACCGUGCCAGCUAUGAAGGCCUUGAUUGACACCUCGGUUGAGUACGGUGUCGAGGACAUUGUUAUUGGUAUGCCCCACAGAGGUAGAUUGAACAUGUUGUCGAAUGUCGUGCGUAAGCCAAAUGAAUCAAUCUUUUCCGAGUUUUCCGGCUCGAGAGAGUUUGACGAAGGUUCAGGUGAUGUCAAGUACCACUUGGGUAUGAACUAUGCUAGACCAACCACUUCAGGUAAACACGUCAACUUGUCCUUGGUUGCAAACCCUUCGCAUUUGGAAGCAGAAGAUGGUGUUGUCUUGGGUAAGACGCGUGCCAUCCAGCAGUUUAAAAACGAUGUGGGCGACUUUAAAAAGGCCAUGUCUGUCUUGCUCCAUGGUGAUGCCGCUUUUGCAGCCCAAGGUGUCGUUUACGAAACUAUGGGGUUCGCAAACUUGCCAGCCUACUCUACUGGUGGUACCAUCCAUGUUAUCGUUAAUAACCAAAUCGGUUUCACCACCGAUCCAAGAUUUGCCAGAUCCACUUUGUACCCAUCUGACAUUGCCAAGAGUAUCAAUGCGCCAAUUUUCCACGUUAACGCUGACGAUGUUGAAGCUUGUACUUUUGUGUUUAACUUGGCGGCCGAGUGGAGAGCCACUUGGCACACUGACUGCAUCAUUGAUGUCGUUGGUUACAGAAAACACGGUCACAAUGAAACCGACCAGCCCUCAUUCACUCAGCCAUUGAUGUAUAAGGAAAUCGCCGACAAGAAAUCGGUGAUUGACAUUUACGCCAAGCAGUUGAUUGAUGAAGGCUCUUUCACUGCAGAAGACAUUGAAGAGCACAAGAAGUGGGUUUGGAAUAUUUUGGAAGAAUCCUUCUCCAAGGCCAAGGACUAUGAGCCAACUUCUAGAGAAUGGUUGACUACCCCAUGGGAGGACUUUAAAUCGCCAAAGGAAUUGGCCACCGAAGUGUUGCCACACUACCCAACUGGCGUUGACGAAGAAACUUUGAAAAAGAUUGGUGUUGCCAUUUCUGAAGUACCCGAAGGGUUCGAACUCCACAGAAACUUGAAACGUAUCUUGAACCAAAGAAAGAAAACCGUUGAGACUGGUGAAGGUAUUGACUACGCCACCGGUGAGGCUCUUGCAUACGGAUCGUUGGCCCUCGAAGGCUACCACGUUAGGGUAUCGGGUCAAGAUGUCGAAAGAGGUACUUUCUCACAAAGACACGCCGUCUUGCACGACCAAAAGUCGGAAAGCACAUGGACACCCUUGUCAAACUUGAGUGAAGAGCAAGGUGUCUUUAGCAUAUCCAACUCGUCCUUGUCCGAGUAUGGUGUCUUGGGUUUUGAGUACGGUUACUCAUUAACCUCCCCUGAUGCUUUAGUUGAAUGGGAAGCGCAGUUUGGUGAUUUCGCCAACACGGCACAAGUCAUUAUCGAUCAGUUUAUCGCUGGUGCUGAAUCGAAAUGGAAGCAGAGAUCAGGUAUUGUUUUGUCAUUGCCCCACGGUUACGAUGGUCAAGGUCCCGAGCACUCCUCGGGAAGAAUUGAAAGAUACUUGCAAUUGACCAACGAAGAUCCACGUUACUUCCCAACUCCCGAGAAAUUGGAACGUCAACACCAAGACUGUAACAUGCAAGUUGCUUACCCAACAACCCCGGCCAACAUUUUCCACUUGUUGCGUCGUCAAAUGCACAGACAAUUUAGAAAGCCAUUGAUUUUGUUCUUUUCCAAAUCGUUGUUGCGUCUGCCAUUGGCCAGAUCCGACUUGAAAGACUUCUCAGGUGACUCUACCUUCCAGUGGAUCAUUGAAGAUGUUUUGGGCGACAAGUCCGAGGUCAAGAGAGUUGUCUUGAUGACGGGCCAAGUCUAUGCCACCUUGCACAAGAAGAGACAGCAAUUGGAUGACAAGUCUACUGCAUUCAUCAAGAUUGAACAAUUGAACCCUUUCCCAUUUGCUCAGUUGCGCGAUGCCCUCAACGAGUAUCCAAACCUUGAAGACUUGGUUUGGGCUCAAGAGGAGCCAUUAAACAUGGGAGCUUGGUCGUUCAUUGCACCUAGAGUUGAAUCGACUUUGAAGGAAACUGACAACUACAAAGACUUGAGGAUCAGGUAUGCUGGUAGAGACCCAAGUGCUUCCGUUGCUGCUGGUUCCAAGGCCAUGCACUUGGCUGAAGAAGAGGAAAUUUUGGAGGAAGUUUUCCAGUAG